UUAUUAAUGAAGAAUUUGUUUGUAGUUUCAUCAACAGAAAUCCACACAUCAAAUACAGCAGCAGUUAUUCUCUAACAGAAAUCAGUAAGAUAUGUCUGUACUUCAGGUUUCAGUAUUAUGACUGACUAAAGCACAGAUAAACAUGAUGCAGCAUGAAGUGUAAAUGUUGAACAGUUUGUGUGUUUAUAGUUAUUUGUGAUUUUAAAUCUUUACAUUAUUCACUCUCCCUCUUUUCUGUUUGGUUCUAGAUCUGGGAGUUUUACCUGCAAACCCACGUGAGAUUGCAGUAUGAUUCAUCUGGUCCAUGAAACACAAAGCACAAAAUGACCAUCUCUGCAGAUGAUUUAUUUAGUUCCCAGAGAUGUGUAUAUUCUGUGAUCUUUUAAAACUGCUUCUUCUCCUCUUCGUGAGGAUUGUGCUUUGUGUGGCAGCUUGUAAUAAUGCAGAAUAUGAAAUUAAUGGAGAGUGUUGCCCAAAGUGUCUUCCAGGAAAGCGAGUUUAUAGACACUGUGAUGAGAUCACAAGCACAACAUGUGAUUCAUGUCCCAUCUUUACUUACACUGAUCUUUCUAAUGGAUUCAUAGAGUGUGUGCCCUGUUCUGUGUGUGACACGAGUGAUGGAGUGACAGUAAAGCAUGCAUGUACAUUAAGAUCAGACACAGUGUGUGAACCUCUUCCUGGUUAUUACUGUAUAGACUCGCUCUAUAACUGUAAAAGAGCCAAGAAACAUUCAUCCUGCUCACCUGGACAAUACAUCAUCCAAACCGGAACAGAGUUCAGAGAUACAGUGUGUGAUCACUGUCCUGCUGGUUCAUAUUCAGAUGGGACACUCUGCAUAUUACAUACAGACUGUGAAUCUCUAGACAAGACAACAAUCAGAGAAGGAACAGAUACGACUGAUGCUGAGUGCAGAGAUAGAUCAUCUUUACUGACAGUGACUCUGAGUGUGUGUCUGGGAGUGUGUUUACUGAUAUCUAUUGUUAUAGCUGUAAUUAUUGUAUGGAGGAAAAAUAGUGGAAUAAAUCGAAUGUAAUGUAAGAUUCAGACUCUUAACCUUUGUUUUUAAUCAUGUAAUGUUUGUAAAUAGUAAUUACUGUUUCUUU